AAGUAGACUAAAAAAUAAGAGGUCGAUUCAGGCUAAAAAAAACACAAAGGAAAAGGGCUAUUCUGAUUUAAAAAGCCACCAAAAGCAGAAGACAAAGAAAAUACUAAGUAUCAACGAGGUCAUGUUAAAACAUAAAUAUGCCUUAUUUGCAAAGAAUCAUUUUAAGGAAGCGGCUGAUGAUGAUCAGACAAAUGAAACUAGAAUACAAUACUUCACUGAUUCAAAUGAAGA